CGCCGUCCCUCAUCUCUCUUUUCCCUGAAAAAUUGCCCCUCAUCGCUGCCUGUCGCCUGUCCUGUUGCUCGCAUGUCCCACCCCAUGCAAGCCUGUCACCUCCUGCAUGAGCUGGCGAGGACCGUCAUUCGCCCUUGGCCUCCUCAAGACAUCCCCUCGUGUCAUAUCGUCGUCCUCGGCUACAACCCGUGCGGACUUCCCACAUACUGACCGUCUUGUCCCUCCUCCACAGCGUAUGAAUGCCCUGCGCAUCGAAGCCGACGAGUCCGCCUCCAAGGUCGAAGAGUUGCAGAAGCAGGUCAAGCAGCUCCAGCAGGAGAACCUCGCCAAGGAGCAGGAAAUCACCUCCCUCUCCCACAAGAACCAGCUCCUCGAGGCCGAUGUGGAAAAGUUGGAGAAGGCCCACGGCGAGGCCAAGGCCGCCGUCACCGAGAGCGCUCAGCACGGCACCCAGAACGAGACGUUGACGAGGAGGCUGCAGCUCCUCGAGGAGGAGGCCGAGCUGAACGACAAGAACCUCCGCGAGACCAACGACAAGCUCCGACAAACCGACGUCAAGGCCGGCCACUACGAGCGAAAAGUCCAGGCCCUCGAGUCCGAGCGCGACCAGUGGGAGAAGAAGUUCGAGGAGAUGUCCAAGAAGUACACCGAGGUCAAGAAGGAGCUGGCCGACUUCGUCGCCGAGAUCGGCAACAUCUAAAUUUCCACUUCGCUUCAUUUCGUCAACCUUUG